AUGUCGUUCCAGGCACGACAGGCGCAUUCGCCCCUCGGCCAGCAGCGGGGUGGCCUUGUUGCACCGGGCUUCUCGACAAGUAAAGUGGGCAGCUUUUUUGAGAGUGAGCGCACGUUGCCAAUGUAUAAAGAUAAACCAUACUUCACACCUAGACGAACAGCACCGAGACGACGAUGGCGAUACAUCGGUGCCGUCUUCGGCUUGUGUGUUUUAUUAUUAUUCUGGUAUACCACAUCAUCCCCUAAACUGCCUCCGGGCUCGGUGUCUGGCUCGGACAGUAAGGGGUAUGAGCUUUGGAAAUGGAUGCAGACACUGGAUGAUGAACCCUCUGCGGAGGUGGAUUGGGAAGCAUGCCGGGAUAGAGUGCGAGAUGCCUUCCUUGUUAGCUUCGACAGCUAUGAAAAGGAAGCAUGGGGCUUCGACGAAUACCACCCGAAGACCGGCAAUCACAGAAAUAUGGUGCCGGGUGGCCUAGGAUGGAUGAUAGUGGAUGCUCUGGAUACCAUGAUGAUCAUGAAUCUAACAUCCCAGGUUCGACAUGCCCGACAGUGGAUAUCUACAUCAUUGAAGCAUGACCAAGACCACGACGUGAGCACGUUCGAAACAACAAUUCGCAUGUUAGGUGGCUUGCUAUCUGCACACUACCUAUCUACACAGUAUCCCACACUUGCGCCCAUUGCAGACGAUGACAUUGGUGCUCCUGAAGAAGAUUUGUACAUUGAAAAAGCAACUGACCUUGCCAAUCGACUACUUGGGGCAUUCGAGACCAGUUCUGGGAUUCCAUAUUCUAGUGUUAACCUAAAUACAUCGAUGGGUCUAAAAUCACACGCCGAUGGCGGUGCUGCAUCAACGGCCGAAGCAACAUCUGUGCAGCUGGAAUUCAAGUAUCUGGCCAAGCUGACUGGAGAGGCGGAGUACUGGACGACUGUGGAAAAAGUGAUGGAGGUUGUAGACAAGCAACAUCCCCGCGAUGGUCUUGUUCCGAUCUAUAUUCACCCGAACACAGGACAGUUCCAGGGCGAAAAUAUCCGCCUGGGAAGUCGGGGUGAUUCCUACUACGAAUAUACGAUCAAACAAUAUCUACAGACAUCCGAGCAAGAGCCCAUUUACAAAGAGCUUUGGGAUGAAUCCAUGCAAGGAAUUCGCAAGAACCUCUUGGCUUUUUCUAAGAAUGCGCAACUGAUGGUCUUGGGUGAACGACCUGCAGGCCUGGAUGGCAAACUCUCCCCCAAGAUGGAUCAUCUCGCAUGCUUCAUGCCAGGCACAAUUGCGCUCGGUGCAACUGGUGGUCAGCUUCUAUCCAAAGCUAGACAAUCUCCUGAUUGGUCUCAGCAACGCGAGGAAGAGAUUCUGAUCUCUCGUGAGCUCAUGAAGACUUGCUGGGCAACAUACCGGAACACCGCGACUGGUCUUGCCCCUGAAAUCUCACAUUUUGUCCUUGACGAUCCGCCAGUCAUGAUGAGCGAUAAAUACCCACAACCCGCUGUAUUCGCUGGCUCAUCGCCACAAGAAUUGGAAGGCAUUUCCCUUCCUUUGGCUCUCCAGGCCGAUGGCUCCGAGCCAUGGCGUCAAGAUAUUGAUAUUCACGCAAUGGAUCGCCAUAACUUGCAACGCCCAGAAACAGUCGAGUCCCUUUUUUACAUGUAUCGUGUUACUGGUGAUGAGACGUAUCGCCAAUGGGGAUGGGAAUUGUUCAAGUCUUUUGUCAAACAUACGGCAGUGGUCGAGAUAAUCGCACCAGCGCUGAAUGAACCAGGGGGCGCUCCCACACAGCGAAUCAAGAGCUUCACAUCCCUCAGUAAUGCCGACACUAUUCCACCCGAGAGCCGUGAUAAUAUGGAGAGUUUUUGGAUGGCCGAAACUCUGAAGUACUUCUAUCUGUUGUUUUCGGAUCGUGAUUUUAUUUCCAUUGAGGACCAUGUGUUCAAUACCGAGGCCCAUCCCAUGCCACGAUUCAAGCUUGGUGGAGAGUUGAAGACAGGUUGGGAGAGGAAACCUCGUCAAUAG